CACGCUCGGCCUCCACUCGGACUGAUCCAUCGAUGUAUACCCGUCCCUCGCGCUCCACACCCCUCCACUCCACGGAAAGAUCAACCACGCACGCCAACUAAUUCUGCAAUCGCAGCGCCUCGCGAUCGUGCUCUGCCCGCGCGCAAGAUGCCGUUCCAGCGCCAGGAGAUGUCGGCCACGCAGCCGCAGGAGAGCGGCGUGCCGCCGCUGUGCGCCGCCGGCUGCGGCUUCUUCGGGAGUUCGGCCACCCUCGACAUGUGUUCCGUCUGCUACAAGAAGCACCGUCCCGUCAGCAGCGAGCCGGGCGCCGCCUCGGCGUCCAAAGCCGUCGUGCGAUCUGACGCCGCCGCCGCCGCUAUCGUGGCGACCACCGGCGCUGCUGCUUCCGCCGGCGGCGUCUCUUUCGCGCCUGCUACGGAGGCUAAAGGCGUUGCAGAAGCCACUGUGUCGUCCUCCACGGCCAAGGUGGCGGAGAACUUUUGGGCGAACCGGUGCCAGGCCUGCCUGAAGAAGGUCGGGCUGACGGGGUUCGUGUGCCGAUGCCACAAAACCUUCUGCGGGGCGCACCGGCACGCGGAGGAGCACGGAUGCACCUUCGACUACAUGGGCGUCGGCCGCGUCGCCAUCGCCCGAAACAACCCGCUCGUCAAAGGAGAGAAGCUGCCCGACAAGAUCUGAUGGGCCCGGACGCCGUGCACUGGUGCAGAUGCCGCGUUUCCCUCUGGCCGGCCGUCGUAGUUUUAGCUGUGUCGUUGGUUCUCAAUCUCUGCUCCUCUGCAGUCUCAUGCCUGAUGCAUGUUCGUUAAGGCUUAUUUCCCUGCGUAGUACGCAGUACUAUGUCAUCCUUGUAACUAGUUGAGAACAUGAGCGUGCAUAUGAAUUUGUUU